AUGGGGCUGCUGCUCGCCUUGUCCCUCCCAGCGCGCAGCCAGGGCGCAGUGUCCGGGUUAGGCUGGGCUCCGUACGACUCUGAGCUCAGCCCCGCAGCGCCCCGCGCCGCCUGGUCCCUGGCGCUUCUGGCCGUGCGCUCCGCGGGCGGCCGAGCUCGGCUGCGGAGUUCCGGCGCGGACGCUGGCAGCAGCGGCCUCGGGGCUCCGGAGGGCGCUGCUCUGGGCUCCGCAGCUCCGCUGAGCUAG